AAACUAAGAGACAUCGAGAUAAUUAUGAUGGAACUCGUUUCUCAUGUUUCUCCGUAAUCUGCGCUGAAAGUAAGCGAUUUGGGUUUGCAUUUUAUCUUUGAAGUAAUACUGAAAAGAUUAUUUCUGAAGCUGUGAGUGGAUACAGAUAGCAACUGCCAAAAUGGCUUCCCCUGCAACAGAUGUUGACCAUACAAAUCACAGUGAAGGAGAGAAUAUAGAAAAUAGACUAUUUUCUGCAUCACAUGAUCAUCUCAAAGUACAUGUAGAUCCUUCUAAUGGAAACCAUGCUUCUCCAGGUUCUGACACGAGAAGGGCCUCAAAGUCCCGAUCAAGGAGCAGGUCUCCUGGUUCUCCUCCUUCACCCAAGACUAGAGACGGUAAUAGUGUAGAAAAAAAGAAGCAGAUCAACAGAUCACGCUCUAGAAGCCGCUCAAGGUCACCCUCGAUCUCACCACAACGAAAGAAACGAUCUCGGUCCCGCUCUCCAAAGCGGAGGAAGCGUUCACGCUCCCGUUCGCCAAAGCGCAGGAGAAGAUCUCGCUCUAAGAGUCCCAAGCGGAGAUCGCUGUCAAGGUCACCAUCGAGAAGCAAGAAGCGAAGAUCACGAUCUAGGACGCCACGAAGGAAGCGAAGAUCUCGCUCACCACGGAGGAAGUCGCGGUCACCAGGAAGGCGGCAUUCAAGAUCACCCUCUCCCGGGAAGAGGAGGAAGAGGUCUCGCACUCCGAAGAAGAAAAGGCGGUCACGUUCAAGAUCUCUUUCUAAAGAAAGGAGAAGGGCUAGGAGUAGGAGCAAAGAUCGUUACAGGACGAAACGGAAAUCAAGUAACCGCAGUAGAAGUAGAAGUCAUUCCAGCAGCAAGAGCAGAAGCCCUUCACAGCCCCCUCUAUCCCCACAGGCACGGUCACACCACUCUCGCAGCCCGAGCUCUUCAUCCGGAGAUGAUAGUGGAAAGGAACACAAGGUAUCCUCGCCCGCGAAGGCAAGCAAACAGCGCUCAUCCACCCACAAGAAGAAGAAGAAAAGGACGAAGUCAGCAUCAAGGUCUCCAUCAAGAUCGCGAUCAAGGUCAAGGUCUAGGGAAAGACGCAGGAGGCGGAGCAGGUCAAGGGAAAGGAGGAGGAGGUCCCCACCAAGAUCACGAAGGUCACGAUCCCAUUCAAGGUCGAAGAGAAGGUCACCACCUCGCCGCAGGUCCAGGACUCCACCAAGACGUCGUCGUCGCAGUCGUUCACGUUCUCGCUCUCCAUUCAGGGGAAAGUCAUACAGGCGUCGAUCACGGAGCCGAUCGCCAAUAAGGCGUCAUCGGAGAUAUUCAUCGUCUGACAGCGACAGUGCGAUGAACGCCCAAGAACAGCUGGCCAGGAGGCUGGAACGUGCCAAACAACUCCAAGAGGAGAGAGAGAAGAGAGAAAUGGAGCAGCUGAAGAAAGGAUUGAAGGAAGAAGAGAAGGCAGAAGAAAAGAAACCAACUGCACAAAAAGAAGCUGCAGCGAUUGCCGCAGCCCUCAAUGCUGCAGCCAACCCUGUGGCCCUGGCUGCUGCCUCCACAGUGAACCCACAGAUAGCUCUACAAGCAGCUGCUGCAGCUGUACAAGCUCAGGUUCUUGCUCAAACAGGAAUAGCCGUACCCAACUUCUACAACCCAAUGGCUGUCAAUCCAGUUCACUAUGCAGAGCAGGAGAAGAAGAGAAAACAACUCUGGUCAAAGAAACCGGAAGAGAAAACAGAGGCCGCACCUUCGAGCAACAACUGGGAGAAGACGUCCUUUGGUGAUACAGCUACCCGAGAAAAGUUCAGACGUCUCAUGGGCAUCAAGGGUGCUGCAGCAGAAUCAAGUACAGGUGAUGACAACGAGAGCACCAGGUUGAUGGAUCAGUUAGAUCACGACUAUCAGACGGCUCGCAUCAAGACACACACCCAACGCAGCUUUGGUCUUGGUUUCGGCCACUCCUAUUCAAUGCCCACGCAGCAAGUAGCUGCACCCUCCACCGCAACGGCACCCAAAGAUCCGACCAAGAAAGAAUGAUCCAAUCCCAAUCAUUUAAUGUAUCGUUUCUGGAUCAAAUCUACUGAAUCUGAAUCUUUCCAAUGUAUGUGUGCCAAUGAUGGAGCUAAAGCAACCUUGUAAAUAUUGUAAUUCUCUUUUGUGAUUUGAAAAAUCAUGAAUUUUUGGGAGCUUGUUUCAAGAACAAUUUUUUGAAAAUUUUGCUUUUAUAUGGAAUAUUAGUUAAUUUUAAAUUUGCUGUUUAUGCUGUUUUUUUCUCUCCUAAAAACAGUUUGAAAUUUCAUGAAUAUAUAUACUCAGAAUGGUUCCAUUUUCUACUAUGAGUGUUUGAACAUUGAAACAUUUUUCUCUAUCUUUUAUCUACUGGAGAUAUAAAUCUGUGUUAUCAAAGAUGUGCAUAACAUACAACCUAUAAUCAUCAGAUUAAUUAGAUCUAUUAUCAAACAUGUAUAACAUACUUCAGUAAUCAUCUGUAGUGAUAAAUAUUUGUAAUUAAACAUGUAUAGCAUACCAUCGGUUGUCAUCCACUCUCAGUGAUCAAGAGUGCAUGGCUUACAUGUAACAGAUGAGGUGUUUCAUAUAGAUUCAAAUGGGCUUGGAAUUUCAUCCGAGUUGAUGUUUUCAGUGCAUCACUGCAUUAGUCAAGGUCAUGCUUGGGCACAUGCCAUACUAUGUAUCAAUCAACAAGAUUACAUGUUGAAUUUCAUGUUCACAUUGGUACUUUUGCUUGACUUUUAGCCAGACUGUCAUUCUUGUUGAGAAGACAUUAGACAUGUAUAAAUAUGUCCAGAAGUGACUCAUAAAUGGGGAGCAGCAUUGAAGAAUUUUCAUUUUAUUUUGAGCACCAGUAACUGCAGGAAAGCUGUUUGCAUUAGGUUCGCUUAAACUGUCAUCUUACUUUCAUAUUUUUUUUUAGACAUAUGGCCAUUUGUAUAAUGUAAGAAUGUAAGUCUAAUGAAGUAUUGACUACUUAAUUAUUUACAUUAAUUCAUUAUAUUCACUUGUAUAGUUGUAUUUUUCUGCAACUUUUUUUUGUGUGAAAACACGCUCAUACUUUUGCUACAUGUAUAAUGAAUGAUUGGUCUGUUAAUUCAGAAGUCAAUGUAGCAUAGGUUAUUGGAUGGAGAUUAAUGUUCUAUAAUGAAAGGCAAGGGGUGCUUUGUAAGGUAGUUUGAAAUUUUACAAAUGACUUGUUUAUGGAGUGCCAAAUGGGCUGUCAAAAAGUUUCUCUCGACCAAUUCAUGCAUAACAUCAACUAUGUCAAUUUGAUUAGCUAAACUUGAAUGAUGCUGAAUUAUUAACGUUGUUGUAAUGCAAUUCAGAGUACAUAUAUGCCACCAUUCGUAUUUCUUUACACUGAUGCAUUUGAAAGUUAUCAUUCCCAUUUGGAAUUUCACAUCCAAGUUGUUUGAUCAUCAGUCUGAGAUUCAUGAUGUGUUAAAGAAAUUGUUGCAAAAGAAGCAAACUUAAGGAAAGUUGUAGCGACUUGAUUGUUUUAUGAUUAAACCAUUUUGUACAAAAGUAGUGAUAUGUACAAGAAUGUUUUUUGUUAACUUGGACCGGUAUUCUGAAAUUCAUACUUUUAUUUCAUAUUCAUUAUUGUAUUUGUCAUGAAAUAGUUGAAAAUAUACUGGUGAUAGGUUGAAGUGUGCAACAUUGUGCCAAAUGGACCAGCACACAAGUUAUUAGUUCAUAAUUGCAAACCAAUGGUGUGCCAAAUUUGUUAUCACCAUUACAGUUGAAAUAAGAUAAAAUAUGAAAUUCCAGAAUAGCAGCCCUGUUGUUUUUAUAAGACAGCUUUCUGAAAUGAUGGAGAGAGAAUAUUCACUCAUUCUUAUCUCAUCUCCAAUAUUUUGAUUUCUGGUCUAUGUCCAUCAUGAAUAUUUGUUGUGUGAAAUUGUAUAUUUGUUAUUUGUAAAUGAGUAAUCGAUUAUCUGUGGAGCAGUUUUCUUUCUUUCUUUUUCCUACUUGACUACAUUGUACAUAAUGAAAAUUAGCAUAGUUUUGACUUUCAUCAAUUCUUUUAAUGAACAAAUAUGAAUUUUUAUUUUAGGAUUGUUUCCUUUUCUUUUUAUGAUUUGGUAUGGUUCUUUUAUACAUUUACUCCUUUAGGAUACAUGUACAUAUGCCCAAGCUUCAUGAAAAUAUUUUUUAUUGUUAUAUUAAGUCAUGCAAAAAAAGUACAGUAAAAGAAAUCACUUAUCACUAAAGCUUCAUUCACAUGCUGCAGGCAGACUAACUCUUAAAAAAGGAGAAGUAAAAUAAUUAUAUUAGCUCUCAUUAAAAAAAGGAAGAGGUGGACAUUAAAAUAACACCCUCUUGUGCAGUUCACAUGCUCAUGUACUGACUUCCUACAAACAUUCUAGAAAAUUAGGGGUAAAUUAUGAUAUACUAGCUAUAUUGGCUACUUGAUCUCUUGAGAGAAAAGGCUUGUUUGGUAGCAUGGUAUCUUUGUUCCUUAUUCCCUGUAUGAAAAUGUAUUGAGAUAAGCAGAUGAAUUGUUUUCAUUUGAGGGGGUACAUUUUAAAGGACUAUAUGACAAAAUAUUAUUUAAGAAUGCAUUAUUGUCUUCUGACAUGUUUGAGCUGACAUCUACAUGUAUCCUUGGUUUUGAACUUUUGAAAUUCAAAUUGCAAGUCCUAGCUUAAUUUAAGCUGAUUUAGUGAAAAUCAAGUAUUGUUCAAAUAUAAGUUGCUAGCCACAUUGUCAUUUCCCAAUGUAUCUUUAUCAUAUUCUCUCAUUAUUAUUAUUAUUAUGGUAUUCAUUAUGGUAUCAUGGUUCUUGGAGGACCAUUGUUUUCCUCCAUUUCAGCCAAAGUUCUUAUCCAUGGAUUGUAAAUAUUUCAUAUGAUAAUGACAAUUUUAGGGUGCUGACAAAAUAAGUCCUUGGAGCUUACACAGAUCUUAAUUUUGAUCAUAUUUCCCCCCCCCCCCACCAAACAACCCACAAAAAGCACAUUAUUUUUACUAUAUGAAUUUCCUCUAAAUUACUACUUAAACUCGCAUUCUGUACUUUGCUACUCAUACAGAUUUAAGAUGGGUGGCAAACCCAUCCAUCUUUUAAAGAUUUAAUUGUGGUAAUGGACUGCAAUUCCCUUGCCCAUCAACAAAAUUUUGUGUUUUCAAAUUUAAAAGAAUACCUACUAUUGUAAGAGCUUGGGAAUCCUUUCCCCUUUGUCAUUUCAGUGUACAUUACCAAUGGUUUCAAUAGAUGACAAACAUAUCCGUGAAGACUUGGUUGCAAUUCAAUAUUAUAUCCUUAGGAAGUACACCGUACCUUCAUUGCACUUGAUGGUGUAUGUAAUCUCAAAGCCAGAUAAUCACUUUGGAAAUAAAAUGUACUUAUUGGUGCAGAUGUGUAU